AUGAAGGUGAAUCAGUCUGAGACCUACCAGGAUGGCGAUAUUGAGUCCGUCGCCAUCGUUGGUCUCGCAUUUGAGUUCCCUCAAGAGGCGACAACGGAGGAUGCUUUCUGGCAGAUGCUAUGUGAAGGAAGGUCGGCCAGCACAGAAUUUCCGGGUAGUCGAUUAAACAUCGAUGCCUUCUAUCACCCAGACAAGGAUAGACCAAGCUCGUUUCCAGUCCGUAGCGGUCAUUUUGUCAAAGAAGACCUAGCAGCAUUUGACGCGCCAUUCUUCUCCAUCACCGCUGCUGAAGCAGCAUGUAUGGAUCCUCAACACAGACGAAUGCUAGAGACGGCGUAUCAUGCGCUGGAAGAUGCAGGAAUACCCAUCAACCAGUGCUCUGGCACCGACACUGCGGUAUACACCGGAUGUUUCACCAACGAUUACCUCAAUAUCAUGCAACAAGACCACCAAGCGGAGCAGAGGCAUGGCGCCAUGGGUGUUGCGCCAUCCAUGUUGGCCAACCGGUUAAGCUGGUUCUUUGACUUCAAAGGAACGUCUAUGAACCUCGACUCGGCCUGCUCAAGCAGCCUGGUUGCUCUUCACCUCGCGUGUCAAGACCUGCGAGCAAGGAACGCGUCCAUGGCGCUGGUUGGUGGCGCCAAUCUGGUAUAUCAUCCCAACUUCAUGAAACUCAUGUCCGACUUCAAUUUUUUGUCCACAGACAGUAGGUGCUGGAUCUUCGAUGAGCGAGGCAAUGGCUACGCACGCGGCGAGGGCACAGCCGUUCUGGUCAUCAAGCGAUUGACAGACGCACUGCGAGACGGGGACACCAUCCGUGCCGUCAUUCGAAAUACAGGCUCAAACCAGGAUGGAAGGACACCUGGAAUCACCCAGCCCAGCAUGGAGUCUCAAAUUCGCCUCAUUGAGAAGACGUACGAGUCGGCUCGCGUCGACAUGGCACCAACGCAGUUCUUUGAGGCCCAUGGCACUGGAACUCCAGUUGGUGACCCUAUCGAGGCACAAGCCAUCGGAACUGCGUUCUCGGCACAUCGCAGCGUUCUGAGCCCGCUGUAUAUCGGCUCUGUCAAGGCAAACAUAGGCCACCUUGGAGGAUGCAGCGGGCUGGCAGGCGUUAUCAAGACCAUUCUUGUCCUAGAGAACGGUGUCAUCCCUCCGAUCGCGGGGUUCCAAUUGCUCAACGAUCGAAUAAACGCAGACAAACUGCGCCUGCGGAUUAACUCUUUCGGAUUCGGCGGUACAAACGCUGUAGCAAUCCUCGAUGAUGCAUAUCACUUCAUGAAACUGAGAGGCCUUCACGGCUUUCAUCGUUCGCGAGCCACGCCUCGAUUCAAUGAUGGUGUCAGCCUCUCGAUUGGACCAUCAACGAGCUUGGGCACCCUGCUCAAUGGCUAUCACACUCCCGAAGAGGAAGUGCCUCGCACAAAGCUACUCAUCUGGUCUUGCCCUGAUCAGGAUGGGGCACACCGGCUGUCGAACGCCUACAAAAGUUUCCUCGGGAAGAUCGAUUCAUCCAAGCUCAAUGAUCUAGCCUACACCUUGGCGGCCCGAAGAAGCCAGUUCCCCUGGAGGAGCUUUGCUGUUGCAGACUCUGACAGGAUGCUGCUCAGCCAGGGACAGUCUGCUAGUCCCAUAGCCCCUCCUGUCAGGGCAGUAAAUGACGCACGCGUCGGCUUUGUGUUCACCGGGCAAGGAGCCCACUACCUUGGCAUGGGGCGUACACUUCUCGACUUUCCGGAAUUUCGACAAAGUAUCGACAAGUCCGACGCCUAUCUCAGAAAGCUUGGCUGCUCCUGGUCCCUUACCGAGGUCAUCGACGGUACGAAUGAUCUGACCCCAAUAGACAGAGCCGAACUGAGCCAACCGGCCACAACCUGUCUCCAAAUCGCUCUGCUGGACCUGCUUGCCAGCUUCGGGGUCCGGCCCUCAGUGGUUCUGGGCCACUCGUCCGGUGAGAUUGCAGCAGCCUAUGCUGCCGGCGCCUUGUCGCGUUCCUCUGCUAUCAAGGUGGCGUACCAUCGCGGGGUUCUUUCCUCUGGUCUAGCAUCAAAGUGGAAUCGCAGUCUGGCAAUGACGGCGGUCGGGCUCUCCAGGGAUCAUAUCCGUCCGUAUCUCGACCGGCUCCAGAGCGAACAUGGUUCAACACAUGUGGCCAUCGGCUGCGUAAACAGCCCAAAGAGCGUUACUUUGACGGGAGUUGCUUCUGGACUCGACACGCUGGAGCAAUGGCUGUGGGCCGAUGGCGUCUUUGCCAAAAGGCUUCGUGUACCUAUCGCUUACCACUCAGAAUUCAUGGAAGCGAUUGCCGAGACAUACGCUACCUUGAUUGGAGAUUUGCACAGCGGCGUCGAGACAGAUCCCGUACCUAUGAUCUCAUCUGUUACAGGGGACUUAGUGACGCCCCAAACACUCACUGCUGCGGGAUACUGGGUGCGAAACUUGGUGUCGCCCGUCAACUUUGAGGCAGCCUUUGGCACCCUAAUGGCAUAUGCGAACAGGACGCCCCGCAAACAACUCGGCAAGGCCAAAACGCGCGACCUCAGAAUCACUCAUGUCAUGGAGAUCGGGCCUCACAGCGCGCUCCAGGGUCCCAUUCGCGAAAACGCGGAGGCCUUCACGGGUCAAACAAAGCCAACAUAUAUCAAGUGUCUUGUGCGAGGCCAAGACUCGUCCGUGGCACUGCUCUCCGCGGUGGGCGUUCUGUGCUGCGCCGGGUGUGCUGUGGAUAUUCUUCGAGUUAAUGGACAGGACAAGGACACGCCGAGGCUUGCACCUCGAAACAUGCCGCGUUACCCCUUCAAUCACCAGAACAAGUACUGGCUAGAGAGUAGACUAAGUUCCAACCUUAGAUUCCCGGAAGUGGCGCGCCACGACUUACUCGGAGUGCGCAGCCUCGACUGGAACCCGCAGGUGGCACAGUGGCGCAAUGUGAUGCGGUUGGAGGAAUUGCCAUGGUUGCACGACCACACGAUUGCCGGGGAGAUUGUGUUUCCCGCUGCUGGAUAUGUGGUCAUGGCCAUUGAGAGUCUCAAACAGCUCACCAGUGCCAAUGGCGAGCCGUCACUUCGCGGGGCUCACCUCAAAGACGUUGCCUUCCUACGUCCGAUACGCUUCAGCCAGGGGCUCAAUCAGAUCGAAACGCAGUUAACUCUGUCUACCACACAACAGCGCUCGGAUAAAGAUGCGGCCCCAUGGUCGCAGUUCCGCAUAUUCGCCCUCGACAACGGGAGCUACCUGGAAUGCUGUCGUGGUUUCAUCCGAGCUGUGGUCGAUGCCGACGAUUGCAACUGCGUUGCCUGGCUUGGGCCUUGGAGCUCUCAGAACUGGUUGAACCGUAUCCCUGGGGCCUGCUCAGAUGCAGAGUCAGAUCCCUACAGCAUGCCUGGGGAGACCGAAGUUCGUUACGGUCCAGCAUUCUGCAACUUGGAGCGUAUGCGACUGGGAUGCCAAGGCGAGGCCAUUGCCAAUCUUCUGACUGGGACCUGGCAGUUAAAUCAGGCCAAAACAUCAUCCAAGGACCUCUACGGCGUCCACCCGGCAGCGAUAGAUGGCCUCACACAAUUGGUUGUGCCAGCGCUGUCCAAGCUAUGCAAUGGCCUGCCCACCAUGGUUCCAACCUACGUCAAUGGGAUAUGGGUAGACUGCGACUGUCAAGAGUUGCGAGAUGGCACGAUAUCCGUCCAAAGUCAGAGUACGCUCCGCGGUCGUCGGGAAGCUUCCGCAAGCAUUGUCGGCGUCGCAAGUGACGCCGAUACGCCAGUCAUCUACCUCGAUGGACUCGAGACCACAUUCAUCAAUUCUAGUAACGAAACUAAACACCAGCAGCAGCUGAAACCACGGACCCUAUGCACUCAGUUGUCCUGGAAGAGUGACAUCGAUUUACUGAGUCGCGAGCAAAUAACACUCCAGUGCACGCGCGACAGACCAGCGCAAGAUGAAGAUGCAGUUGAGACGUACAAGUCCAUGGUACUUACCAUUAUGGCUUUUAUUGAAGAAGCUGUGGAAUUUAUUGACAAGCAGUCUCCGGCCCUCGCACUUGAGCGGCAUCUGCAGGCAUUUGUAGGCUGGAUGAGGUCCCAGCACCGACUGCUUCGGAGCGGGCGCAUCCUGGUCGACUUGGAUUCCGUGAAUAGGCUCCUCGGUGAUGCCGAUGCUCGGCACCAACUUGUUCUUCAAGUAGAGAGUCAGGGUAUCGGCGGGCGUUUCUUCAUGACCAUCGGGCGUAACCUCAUCAAAAUUCUCCGCGGCGAAGUCGACGCACUUCAGCUCAUCUACCACGACUCCCUGGCGGAUCGAUAUUACGAACAGAUGCUGGCAAACGACCAUCAUGCCCAUCCCACCUCGGUUUACGUGGACUUGCUUUCCUUCAAAAACCCCUCCAUGAAGAUCCUUGAGGUCGGUGCCGGGACAGGUGGGCAGACCCUACGCCUGUUGGAGAAGAUGAGCAGCGGCGGAGUGAAGCAAUGGAGGCAAUACGAUUAUACCGACAUCUCCCCUUCGUUUUUUAGUCAGGCACGCCUCAAGUUCCAGGAUUAUUCUGCAAAAAUGAACUUCAAGGUCUGCGACAUCUCCAAGGAUCCGGCGACCCAAUCCUUUGAGACGGGAACCUAUGACCUUGUCGUCGCUUCGCAUGUCCUGCACGCCACGGAUUACUUGGACCAAUCCUUGGGCAACAUUCGAAAGCUUCUCAAACCUGGCGGAAAGCUACUGCUAUUCGAGACGACUUUACCAGAGGCCAUCAUUGCAUUUGCCUUUGGGUUGCUCAAGGGUUGGUGGAGCCCCCUGGACCACGAAGCCCGAUCUGAGCAUAGCCCAUGUUUGUCUGUCGAGCAAUGGGACCAUAGACUGAAGGGAACGGGGUUUACCGGUGUCGACCUGGAGAUUCCGGGGCAAGAACUGAUUGAGACAAGAUACAGCAGCAUUAUUGUCUCCACAGCCGUUGACCUUGACAGGGCCUCAAUGUGCGUCAUGCAGCAGCUUCAUUUGGUCGUGGACGAGCGUUCGGAGGUCCAAAAGACGAUUUCCGAACUUGUUCAAAGAGGUUCUGGCAAGAAAUUCAAGUCAUGCAACACUUUGACGCUUGCGCAGCACCUAAGGAUGCAACCAGAAGCUGACCACAGCAUCGUUAUUUGUCUACUCGAAGUGGAUGAGGUUUUCCUUGACGGCAUAUCUGAAAGAGAUUAUGUCGAGCUGCAAUCGAUCCUUCUGAGAGAGAAGAGCAUUCUUUGGCUCUGCAGAAAUCCUGCAUUGGAAGGGACAGAGCCGCGCCAUGGUCUGGCAGACGGCUUGGGUCGAGUGUUGAUGUCGGAAGACUCGACUCGCAAGUUUGUCACCCAAUCUCUCGAUGGUUGGGAUAGAAACCCGGUUCAAAUUUCCGAGCUUGUUUGCGACCUUGCGAAUCGAAUUGGGAAGAGUUCCGUCGAAGAUUUGGAAACAAAGUACAUCACGUCAAAUGGCUGUGUUCAAAUCAGCCGCGUCCUCGGACACGCCACCAUGGACACAGUCGUCUCGGAUGCAGUCCAACCACGUACCAGGAGAGAAUUGAAAAUCGGGUCUAUCGAUGCUGCUCUUACACUUGGCAUGACAACUCCUGGUCAUGCCGACACGCUGGAGUGGGUUGAGUGUGAUGAGCUGCGGCUUCACGAUGGCUUGACUUUGGAAGAGGAUGAAGUCGUGGUCAACGUCAAAGCCAUUGGGCUCAGUGAGGAGCGAUCCGUCACAGGAACGAGCGAGGCAAACAAACAAAGCUUGGCCAUUGAGUGCGCAGGCAUCGUGCAUUCGGAUGGGGCCACCUCUGGUUUCAAGCCGGGGGACCGCGUCUGCCUCAUAACUCCGUCAGCGGCCUCCUCGAUUAUGCGAGUCAAAGCCAUGGCCGUAUCAGCGAUACCAUCGAACUUGUCCUUCAUCGAGGCAGCAUCAAUCGCGAGCGCAACUUGGACCGCCUAUCAUGCCCUUGUCAAUGUCGCCCGGAUCCAGGAAGGCGAGUCAGUUCUCGUCCAUGAGGCUGCAACUGCUACAGGUCAAGCAACACUCCAACUCGCGAAGAAACUAGGUGCUGAAGUGUACGUCACGGCUGCCUCCUCAAUAGAACGGGAACUCUUAUGCAAUAACCUGAAUAUUGGGCACAAGGCCAUAUUGUCGCUUUCUGGAGGUUCAUGUUUAUCGAGAAGGGUGGCCCAGGUUACGAGAGGCUCGGGUGUCGACGUGGUGAUCGGGCCUUUGACAAAGGGAGGAGACGAUGCCAACUUUGCGAACUGCCUUGCGCCAUUUGGCCGACUUGUUGACAUUUCCAUGGAGCGAACUCGAUCUUCGCCAGCGAUUUUGCCUCGCAGCAAUAACCAAGAAACCCCAACUAACCUAUCACGGCUAUCCGUGGACAUGGUUGACCUGCUUCGACGAAAGCCACGGUUGGCUUAUGCUGCAUUUCAACAGGCCAUGAGGCGGGCAUUUGAUGACGAGCUCUAUGCACCGUCGCCCCUGUACAUCUUUGCUGCCAAUGAACCGGACGAAGCAUUCCGACAAGCCGACAGCCCUGGUGCGGCAGGCAAGACGGUCAUGGUCCUUGACUCAGACAGCAUCGUGAGGGCAAAUGUCAAAACGAGACCACGGUGCAAGUUCGCUGAUAAUGCGACAUAUGUCAUCGCUGGGGGCUUAGGCGGACUCGGCAGAAGCAUUGCAAGAUGGAUGGCCUGUCGCGGAGCCAAAAACCUCGUUCUCCUUUCUCGCUCCGGUGUGAAAACUGCAGCGGCAGAGGCUCUGGUCAGUCAGCUUAACGCCCAGGGUGUCCGCGUGGAAGCGCCAUGUGUCGACAUUGGCUGCCUCAGCGAUCUCCAAAGCGUCCUCCGCAACCUGCAGGAUUUGAACAUGCCACCCAUUCGAGGCUGCAUUCAAGCAGCAGUGGUGCUGAGAGAUAACCUCUUUCCAAACAUGACCUACGAAGACUGGACUAUCAGUACAGGAGCCAAGGUAACGGGGUCAUGGAAUCUUCACGCAGCCCUCCCCGACGAUCUGGACUUCUUCGUUUUGCUGUCUUCACUCAACGGCAUCGUCGGGGGUCGGGCUCAGGCCAACUACGGGGCCGGAAACACAUUCAAGGACGCCCUGGCGCAGCACCGGCUCAGCAAAGGCCAAAAGGCAGUGUCUCUCGACCUUGGACUGAUGGUAGCUGAGGGCAUCGUCGCUGAGAAUGCAAGCCUGCUCGCGGCAAUGCGGCGAAUCGGACACCUGAUGGACAUCCACCAAGAUGAACUGCUCGCCCUGUUGGACUAUUACUGCGAUCCUAGCGUCCCAAUACUGGACCCAUCCGACGCCCAAGUCCUCGUGGGGAUCGAGAUGCCCGACGCAGUGCUGGCCAAGGGCGUUGAUUUGCACCACGCGAUUCACCGCCCCAUGUUUCGGCACCUUUUUCAAAUGGGCCAGAUAGAGGACACAGUGCCAACAAGGCAAGAAGAUCAGGCUGCAGUCAUUGACCGCGCGUCACUCCUAGCCGCAGCAGAAAACCAAGACGCGGCCGCGGCCUUGGUGAGUGCCUGGUUCGUCGCGAAGCUGGCCCAGGUGCUGGGUAUUUCUGAGGACGACAUCGACAAGUAG